CCCCCGCUACCCCACCGGACGUCGACAUCCCUAAAUGUUCAACCGGACUCGGCAGUCAACUGGCUGGCGGAGGGUCACCACACGCACCCCCGACGACGAUUUAUAGGUUAGUCGGUUUUCGGGACCCGGCCCGCUACGACACACUCCGGUGAACCAUGUCCGCGUACGAUUGGGAUUCGCGCGAGUUGCACGCGCAUCACCAUCAGCAGCAGCAGCAGCAUCGGUUCACCGUCGGACCUCCGCAGACGGAUAGCAAAGGGGGCAAGAGGUCCAGGCAAACGUACUCCAAGUACCAGACGGCCGUGCUGGAGACGGUGUUCCGGACGUCCAAAUACAUUGUGCGCAGCAAGAGACAGCAGAUGUCGGCCGAGUUGAACCUCACCGAACGGCAAAUAAAGAUAUGGUUCCAGAACAGACGGAUGAAGGAGAAAAAGUGUCACAGGGAUGCGCCGCGAGUGGUGGAGGAACGCAGUGUCCCUGCGGUCACGGCGUUGGCGACCGGUUACGGUGACGAUUACGCUGUCGAUCCCGCGGGCUACUUAGCGGCUGCGCCGACCAACAACAAUCUGCAGGACGAUGCGUUCGCCGAUUACCGCGGCCCCGAACCGUCCUCCUGCAAACUCCAGGAUGACGGCUGUUACGCCGGUUACCCGACCGGUGGCUACGAUUUGCUGACCCCCGAACCGGCAGACACGUACGUCAAGCAGCAAUGGCAAGCUCCGGUGACCGCGGUUGACUUUCACCAGGACCUCUACGGUGACCACGAUUUGGGCCAUUUCCAAAGACUUCCGGUGACGCAUCACCUCCAUCAUCACCACCGCUCGUUGAACUCACAAGUUCACGACUACUGCGGUCCGCCACAGCUGCAAGCUGCGCACGGCUAUUGACGGCAUCCGACGAUAAAUUUUAUGUUCCCGCACGCGUUCUCUGACGUGCGGCAGUAGUACACACGGUGCUAAGAAUCUAGUCGAUCUAGUCAAUCUCGUUUUAUUCGGAUAGCGUUCAGCGGCGGGACGAUAACAAACAUUUGCAGACAUGAUGCUCGGGUGAGGGAUGAAUAUUCUAAGAGUAACCAGAAACAGCGACGUCACAACGGAACCCUUUCGCGAAUCGGAUCGCACCCAUCCGCGUAAUUCCGUGACCGGAUCUCGUACGAGAGACUAGGCGAAAAGUGUAUAAUUUUUUUUUUUUUUUUUUUUAUCAUUAUUAUAUAUUAUUAUAAUUUAC